AUAAAUUUAUCACUAGUCUCUGUCGCUCUCUUCUUCUUCCCCUAACCCUUCUGGAUUCUUCCACCGUCUUCGGCCACCACUCACUCGCUUGCUCCUACACUUAUCUAGGUCAGCUCACUCUCUAUUUCUUCAUUUUUUUGCGGAUUCUCGCACCUGUUUUUAUGCACGCGAAUCGGAUUUGCAUGAACUCAAUCGUCGAUGGGGCACAAAAAGCGAAACCCUGCGCCGCGCUCGAAACAAUCCCUCGCGGCCGCCACCGCCAACGGUGGUGCCACCUCGCCGGACGCCGACACCGCCUGCAAUGUUUCCGAUCACAACCCUAGGAAGAUCGAAUUGGCCACGCUCCAAUCCGAGGGUUCCGAUUACUCCACAAUCAAGCUCGAAUGCGAGCGCGCACUCACCACGCUCCGCCGCGGGAACCACACCAAGGCAAUGAAGCAGUUGAAGGAGAUUUGCGCCAGAGAGGAGGGCUCGCCUCACGCCGCGUUCGUCAACCGAGUCCACAGCCUAAUGUGCUUCAAGACGGCGACGGUCAUCACCGACCCGAGCUCAAAGCAGCGGCAUUUGAGGAACGCGCUCGAGUCGGCUCGGCGCGCGGUGGAGCUCAUGCCGAAUUCCGUCGAGUACGCGCAUUUCCGCGCCACGGUGAUGUUGGAGGCUGCGAGUGAAGGGAAGGAUUAUGAGGAGGUGGUGCACGAGUGUGAGAGGGGGCUCGCCAUUGAGAACCCUAGUGAUCCUGCGAAGGAGACAUUGCAGGAUGAGAGCGAGCAGAAAGCUUCUUCUCUUGAGGAACGGAUUGCGCACGUGCAGAAUGAAUUGAGGCAGCUUAUUCAGAAGUCGAAUAUAGCAUCGUUGUCGUCUUGGAUGAAGAAUUUGAGCAAUGGGGAGGAGAGGUUUCGGUUGAUUCCGAUAAGGAGGACCCCGGAGGAUCCUAUGGAGGUGAGGCUGGUUCAAACAAGGAGGCCUAAUGAGAUCAAGAAGGUGACCAAGACACCUGAGGAGAGAAGAAAGGAAAUUGAAGUCCGAGUGGCUGCUGCUAGGCUGAUUCAGAAAAAUUCAGAGUCGCCACAAUCGGCGAAUGAGGGAGAUAGGGAUGAUAGGCAGUUGGAUUCAUCUGCAGGAUCUGGUCAGAGGAUUGGCGAUAGGAGGAGGCAUGGAAACGUUAGGAAGAGUGGCUUUUCAGCUGAGAGGAUGAAGUGGGUGCACUCAUAUUGGAAUUCGGUUAGUAUGGAUAUGAAGAAGGACUUUCUUAGGGUUAAAAUUUAUGAUCUUAAGUCGCACUAUGGGUCUUCAAAGGAUACUUUGCCAAAUGAUAUCUUGUCAGAAGCUUUGUUUUAUGCUGGGGCCAAUAAAACAUGGAAAUUCUGGCCUUGCUGCAACUGUGAAGAGAAACAUUCCAACCCGGAUUCUCACAGGCAUCAUGUUGUGCAGGAACACAUGGGGAGUCUUUCGCCACAAAUGCAGAGACUUCUGCCCCACAAUGUUGAUAGUGAAUGGAUUGAGAUGAUUCUUAAUUGUUCUUGGAAGCCUCUGGAUAUCCUAGCUGCAGUUAGAAUGCUUUAUAAUAAAGCAAAGUUCAAAAGUUCUUCACUUCCUGAGGAUUUGUACUUGGAUCAUCAUGCUCUGGACUAUAAUGAUUGUUUUAAAGAUGCAAGCAGCUCUUACAUUGAGAAGGAAAGUUCGGGGGACAGUCUUCCUAAUUGUUCAGUAGAAUGCAACAACCAUUAUAAAAUUAUAGAAAAUGAUGUAAGAGAAGGUGUUGAAGACCAACUUUCUAUGGCUAAUCCCAUUAUUGACUGUUGGCCGGUAUCUGAUGACCCUGAGCGUGCAAAACUCCUGGGGAAAAUUCAUGCCAUUUUUGAGACUCUUAUUAAGCACAAAUGUCUUGCCGCUAGUCAUCUUAACAAGGUCAUACAGUUCACUAUGGGUGAGAUACAGGGUCUUGCUGCUGGUUCUCAACUUCUGAAUCAUGGUGUGGACCAAACACCAAUGUGCAUGUGCUUUCUAGGAGCUACACAGCUUAAGACAAUUUUCCAAUUUCUGCAGGAAAUAUCUCAUGCUUGUGGGUUGGCCAGAAAUGCUGAUAAAGGUGGUAGUCCCACAAAUGAUUUGCUCAAUAUCAGUCAAGGUCCUGAGAUUAAAGACAAGAUUGUACUUGAUGGAGAUGCAUCAUGCCUCCUACUGGAUGAGUGUUUAUUGCAAACACAAGUCACUGCUGGUACAGUUCAGGGGACUGUCUUGGAUGAUGUGACCACCCCAAGCUCUCCUGAUGGAAUUUCAUGCUAUAACGAUGCUUUGCUAUCCUGGAUAUUUUCAUGUUCACCUAUCGGGGAUCAGUUGACAUCAUGGCUACGGACCAGAGAAGAUAAACUAAAUAAAGGAAAGGAAAUUGUACAGUUGCUUGAGAAGGAGUUUUAUCAUCUACAGGGCCUAUGUGAGAAGAAGGGUGAGCGUGUAAGUUAUGAGGAAGCUCUGCAAACAGUGGAGGAUCUUUGUCUUGAAGAAGGUAAGAAGAGGGAAACUGUUGGUGAGUUUGUCCAGCGAAGCUAUGAAUCUGUCUUAAGAAAGCGAAGAGAAGAGCUCAUUGAGAGUGAGAAUGACAUGAUGUAUGUCAGCAAUAGGUUUGAGUUGGAUGCUAUAUCAAAUGUUUUGCAAGAAGCAGAAGCAAGAAAUGUUAAUCAAUUUGGCUAUGAAGAAACUUAUGCUGGUGUGACUUCUCAGUUAUGUGACUUGGAAUCUGGUGAAGAAGAUGAAUGGAGAAUGAAGGAUUACUUGCAUCAAAUGGAUGGUUGUAUAGAAAAUGCUAUUCAGAAACUGAAAGAGCAUUUAUCCAUAGAGCUUAGCAAAAUUGAUGCCCGAAUAAUUAGAAGUGUUACAGAGAUGCAGCAACUGGAAUUCAAGCUUGGGCCUAUUUCUGCUAAUGACUAUCGAGCAAUAUUAGUGCCUCUAGUGAAGUCGUACCUUAGGGCUCUUUUGGAUGAUUUGGCUGAGAAGGAUGCAAGAGAGAAGUCUGAUGCUGUAAGUGAAGCACUUUUGGCUGAAAUUGCUCUUGAUUCCAAGAAGGCUGUUAAGGGGGGAAGUGAGAGCACAAGGCAUGUCGAGAAAACAAAAGAUAAGAAGAAGAAUAAAGAUCACAGAAAAGCAAGAGAUUUGAAGGUCGCUAGUGGUCAUGCACAGUUCUCACUUGGAUCAACAACUCCUGAUUCCAAUCUAGUUGCACCUGAAAGUGACUUCCCAGAUAAUGAGGUUGUUGCUAUGAACGAUGAUGACUUGGAACAACUUGAAGAGGAAUUUAGGCGUAAGAUUGAGUUAGAAGAGGAGGAAAAAAAGCUUGAAGAAACUUUGGAAUUUCAGCGAAGGAUAGAAAAUGAAGCCAAACAGAAGCACCUUGCAGAGCAACAAAAAAAAUCAUCUGGGUUAUACUUGGAAGGAGUGGUAGACAAACUUCAAGAUUCUGAAACAAAGGUGGAUGCUGAUCCACCAGAUGCUCAUGAACAUGUUGGAGUACUUGUGCAGGACCAGCUGGUAAAGGAGAAUGGAUCCCGAAGCAAUUUGGAUGGUGUGCUUACACCCACAGCAAAUGGUUCCCUUGAUAAUUAUUCGCAUCAGUCAAAAGUUAAACAAUCAGGUUUGCCUAAUGGAGUUGUUCCAGAGAAUGGUCUAGAUCGCCGUGCAGGAAAAAAACAUAAACGGAAAAAUUCUUCCAGACAAGUUGAUGGAAAGUUUGAACCUGUUUCAUCAGGACAAGAGAAUAUUGAAGAUACACAUACUGAUUAUCACCUGAGAGAGCAAUUCAAACUUAAUAGCAAUCAAGAUGUUAAUAAUGUGUGGCAAAACAAUGGAUCAAAGGUGAUGGGAGAGUUGCAAGUAGAAGAUGCAGAGGAGGAAAGAUUUCAAGCUGAUCUUAAAAUGGCUGUACGCCAAAGCCUGGACACGUAUCAAGCUCGUGGAAAUUUGCAUUCAGUUUCCAGUUUAAGAAUGCCACAGAGAGCUUCUUCACAGGAAGAUAGUGUGGAUUGUCUGCCUGUGGAAGACUCAACUGAUAAUGUGAAUGGGGCUACAUUGCUUGGUACUGGACUGAAGAAUGAAGUGGGUGAAUAUAAUUGUUUUCUCAAUGUUAUUAUACAGUCACUAUGGCAUUUAAGACGCUUUCGGGUGGAAUUUCUUGGCAGAUCAAGAUCAGAGCAUGAUCAUGUGGGUAAUCCUUGUGUUGUCUGUGCAUUGUAUGAAAUCUUUACUGCACUGGACACUGCAUCAAAGGAUUCAAGGAGAGAAGCAGUUGCACCUACAUCCCUCCGGAUAGCUCUAAGCAAUCUGUAUCCUCACAGUAAUUUCUUCCAGGAGGCUCAGAUGAACGAUGCUUCUGAGGUACUGUCAGUGAUAUUUGACUGCCUCCAUCGGUCAUUUAUUUGUGGUUCAAGUGUUUCUGAUGCAGAAUCAGCUGAAAGCAACUGCAUGGGAUCUUGGGAUUGUGCAAAUGGUAGUUGUAUAGCACAUUCACUUUUUGGAAUGAACAUUUUCGAACAAAUGAACUGCUAUCACUGUGGUCUUGAAUCCAGACAUAUGAAAUAUACUUCCUUCUUUCACAAUAUAAAUGCCAGUGCCCUCCGGACAAUGAAGGAUACGUUUGCUGAAAGUUCCUUCGAUAAGCUUUUGAAUCUUGUGGAGAUGAAUCAUCAGUUGGCUUGUGAUCUAGAAGCUGGUGGCUGUGGCAAGCUCAACCACAUCCAUCACUUUCUCUCAACUCCACCCCAUGUUUUUAUGACAGUUCUAGGUUGGCAAAAUACAAGUGAGAGUGCCGAUGAUAUAACAGAGACUCUGGCUGCCCUAAGCACCAAGAUAGAUACCAGUGUCCUUUAUUGUGGUUUAGAUCCUAAAUGCGUCCAUAACUUGGUGUCAGUGGUUUGCUACUAUGGCCAGCAUUAUCAUUGCUUUGCUUAUAGCCAUGACCAUGAACAGUGGAUUAUGUAUGAUGACAAGACUGUCAAGGUAAUUGGUGGAUGGGCGGAUGUUCUUACAAUGUGUGAAAGAGGGCAUCUACAACCUCAGGUUCUUUUCUUUGAAGCUGUAAACUAAAUUUUUGGUGGAACUGAUAACAUCAUUUGCUGGACUGAAGAAUGUUGAGUUUGGGAUUCAAUUGGUUUCUGGUGGGGCCCUGUUUAUGCAGAUGCAUUGCAUGUCUGCAUAACACAAAAGUGGUUUAGGCAAAUAAAAUUGCAAGUUGCAGUGAUGUCGACUAGUUUUGGCACACAUACCUCUGUUGGGAUGUAUAGCAUUUUAAAAUUUAUAAUACAAUUCAGGGUUUUAAUAGGAGCAGGUUCUGGCGAGGGAUAAUGAUGACAAAUGCAUUUAGUGUAACAGGAUGACUUAGAAGAGCCCAGAGUGUUUGGUACCGAGCAUCACUGAACACAAUUGGUUCGUUUUGAGAAUAUCAGAUUCAUUCCUUGUAUCCUACCAAUAAGCAGGUUUUAGUAUUUUGCUAGAUGAACCACAAUUUGUGGAGAGGUUGGCCAGCAAUGUAUGAGAAGAUCUUUGGCUGUUUUAUGAUGGAAAUAAUUGCCCACUAUUAUCGGGAAUAUAUAUAUAGCAUUUGUACGAGGGGAGUUUAUUCAUCAGUUGUCGAAGAAAUUUCCCUCCCACCCAUUUCCCCCAAAACAAAAAAGGGAUCUGUAUAGUUCUUAUACAAUUAGAUAUGUCAAAAUGUCAGCUUCUUGUCACUUAGGCUGUAAAAGGAGUGUCUUUCUGAUCUUCUGAUCUACUGCACUACUAUUCUCCCUUCCAAGAAACCUGUGUUGGAACGUGCUGCAUGGCAGAUUUUGUGCAACAGUAAAUUGAGGAGCUUCCAUCCUUUGGAUCCCCAACACUACCUUAUUCUUGUUUUCUUCCAUUUGGGUGGGUGGUGUGGGAUGGGGAUCCGUAAGUUGAGUAUGAUUGAAGGUAAUGAACUGAUUUUAUCAAUUUAUGGUUGGAGAUGUUAACUCUAGCUUUGAGUGAGGAAAAAGCUGAAAGGUUUUGGCACAAUUUUGUCCUACACUUUUUCGGAGUAGCGUAAGUGAGAUGCAUUAUUAUACUUAAUUAUUCUAUAUACAUUAGUGCAAUUUAAUACUUGGUGUUGUUUUUUGUCCUAAUUAUUACACUUUUGUCCUAAUUGUGUUAUUUUUUUUUAAUACUAGGUGCAAAAUAUUACGCUAAUUAAUGUCGUGUAAAGACAUUUUGUUAGAGAUCAUUGGUGUCUGAUGUUUUUUAUAAGAAACGUUUCAAGAAUUUCUCAUGAAUGAAAAAUAGUAAGCUCUUUAUUUCCA